AUGGCACGCGGAGAUCCCGAUGAAUCCGGUCUGUCGGACUCAAUCGAAAGCCUGCAUCUGAAGCCCAACUCCGGCCAGUCGUUGAGUCGCACAUCCUCGUUCAAAUUCCGCGACCGACAAAACUCGACUAGUACUGUCGAUUCAACGUCAGACAAUCGCUUAACGGCCAAGGCACUUCAAGAUUGGGAUGCGCGGAGUCGCAGCAAUUCGUUCGCAAGCGAGAAGGGCAAAAACUCGGGCCAUGGUUCAACGCUUCGUGACAUGAUCAUGAACAAUCCCGUGCUCUCUCGCAAAGGGUCUUCUGCAUCGCAUCGCUCUGACGGAAGCACUUCUAGCAAGGGUACCAAAGAAGGCAAGAAGCAAAAAGGACGUGGUGCAUCAAGCGCAGUCAAUGGCACAGGUGAGGUUGCGAGUUUGAUGAAGAAGUAUGGUACCUGUGAGAGAGUCGCCAUUGGAAAAGGUGCCACGGCGGUCGUACGUGUAGCUUACAAACGAGAUGAAUCAAAGGAGAAAAUGUACGCUGUGAAAGAGUUCCGAAAGCGGCGUAAAAACGAGUCUGAGAAGGAUUACGUCAAGAAACUCACGUCUGAAUUUUGCAUCUCGUCGACCCUGCAUCACAUUAACAUCGUCGAGACUGUUGAUUUGGUGCAAGAUGAAAACCGCCACUGGUGCGAAGUCAUGGAGUACUGCCCUGGUGGUGACUUGUAUGCUGCGAUCAAGAAAGGCGGUAUGAAACAAGUUGAAAUGGAAUCAUACUUCAAACAGACCGUAAAUGGUAUUCACUAUCUUCAUUCCAUGGGUGUGGCCCAUCGUGACAUCAAGCCGGAAAACCUAUUGUUGGACGGAAAAGGGCAUAUCAAGAUCACCGAUUUCGGUGUAAGUGAUGUAUUCCGUAUGUGCUGGGAAAAGUCAACGCAUUAUAGCAAAGGCCUUUGUGGAUCUGAGCCAUACAUCGCUCCCGAAGAGUUUGAGCAGAAAGAGUACGAUGCACGCCUCGUUGAUAUCUGGGCCAUUGCCAUCGUGUUCUACUGUAUGCAAUGCCAGGAGCUUCCAUGGCGAGUAGCCAAAAUGUCUGAUCCUACAUUUCAAGAAUUUGUGCAAUCGUAUCUGUGUACCUCUGUGCCACGUCCCCUGCCCAACCUCUCACCUCGCGAAUGCCGCCCGUUGUUGAAAAAAAUGCUGUGCCCUGACCCAAAGAUGCGAUGUAUGACUGAAGAUAUCAUGAAGGAUCCGUGGUUUGGCCAGGUUCCUAGCGCCGUACCGCAGUAG